UGCAGCGGGUGCGUGAGCCACUGCGUGUUUGCUUGUUCUGUCUGUCUGCCUCACGAGUUCUUGCUGUUUGAUGACCCCUUUGCAGCUGGAGGUGUUGUUGUGGAAGACCAGCCCGAUGUGAGCGCAGUGUUGUCUGCCUACAAUCAGCAGGGGGACCCCACGCUGUACGAGGAAUACUACAGUGGAUUAAAACACUUCAUCGAGUGCUCCCUGGACUGUCAUCGAGCUGAGCUCUCCCAGCUGUUCUAUCCCCUCUUUGUGCACAUGUAUUUGGAACUGGUUUACAAUCAACACGAGAGUGAAGCAAAGUCUUUCUUUGAAAGAUUUCAUGGGGAUCAGGAGUGUUAUUACCAGGAUGACCUGCGCGUAUUAUCAAGCUUAACCAAAAAAGAACAUAUGAAAGGUAACGAGACCAUGCUGGAUUUCCGAACAAGCAAGUUUGUGCUGCGCAUUUCCCGUGACUCUUACCAGCUCCUGAAGAGACAUCUUCAGGAGAAGCAGAACAAUCAGAUCUGGAACAUAGUUCAGGAGCAUCUCUACAUUGAUAUCUUCGACGGAAUGCCUCGCAGUAAGCAGCAGAUAGAUGCUAUGGUUGGAAGCCUGGCUGGGGAGGCAAAGCGAGAGGCCAAUAAAGCAAAGGUUUUCUUUGGUUUACUUAAAGAACCAGAGUUUGAUGUGCCUUUGGAUGAUGAAGAUGAAGAAGGGGAAAAYGAAGAGGGAAAACCAAAGAAGAAAAAACCUAAAAAAGAGAGUGCAGGAUCUAAAAGCAAAAAGCAAGACCCUAAUGCUCCUCCCCAAAACAGAAUUCCUCUACCCGAACUGAAAGACUCUGACAAAUUAGAUAAAAUAAUGAAUGUGAAGGAGGCCGCAAGACGUGUGCGUCUUGGCCCYGACUGCCUGCCCUCCAUCUGUUUCUACACGUUCCUUAAUGCUUAUCAGGGUCUAACUGCAGUGGAUAUUACAGAUGACUCUAGCAUGAUUGUAGGAGGCUUUGCUGAUUCUACUGUCAGAGUGUGGUCGGUGACUCCGAAGAAGCUACGUAGUGUGAAAACAGCAGCAGACCUCAGUCUCAUCGACAAAGAAUCAGACGAUGUCUUGGAGAGGAUCAUGGAUGAGAAAACAGCAAGUGAGUUGAAGAUUUUAUAUGGUCACAGUGGACCUGUCUAUGGCACCAGCUUCAGUCCUGAUAGGAACUAUCUCUUGUCCUGUUCUGAGGAUGGCACUGUUAGAUUAUGGAGUCUCCAAACAUUUACAUGUUUGGUGGGAUAUAAAGGACACAACUAUCCAGUAUGGGAUACACAGUUUUCUCCUUAUGGAUAUUACUUUGUGUCAGGGGGACAUGACCGAGUGGCUCGUCUAUGGGCAACAGAUCACUACCAGCCUUUACGGAUAUUUGCUGGCCAUCUGGCUGAUGUGACGUGUACCCGAUUUCAUCCCAACUCUAACUAUAUUGCUACGGGCUCGGCGGACAGGACUGUGAGGCUCUGGGAUGUUUUGAAUGGAAACUGUGUGAGAAUAUUCACUGGGCAUAAGGGACCAAUUCAUUCACUGGCAUUUUCUCCCAAUGGACGAUUUCUGGCUACUGGAGCAACGGAUGGAAGAGUUCUGCUGUGGGACAUCGGGCACGGCUUGAUGGUGGGAGAAUUGAAAGGGCACACUGACACCAUCUACGCACUGAGAUUCAGUCGAGACGGGGAGAUUUUGGCAUCAGGUUCAAUGGAUAACACAGUUCGGCUGUGGGAUGCUGUGAAAGCGUUUGAAGAUUUAGAAACUGAUGAUUUUACUACUGCCACUGGACAUAUAAAUUUACCUGAAAACUCUCAGGAUUUGUUACUGGGCACCUACAUGACCAAAUCAACACCAGUGGUGCACCUCCAUUUCACCCGCAGAAACUUGCUGCUAGCUGCAGGAGCCUAUAGUUCACAGUAAAUUGAAGCUGUAAGACUGACUGCCAAGUCAUUGCAGUAAUGACCUCAGGAUUUGAGACGAGGAGGAAUGUCUUGUAUAGAUGGUCCUCGAUGGUUUGUUGCAGCAAGAUAAAGCAAAACUGUGUAAACUAAUGCAAACAGCAUCUUCUCAGUUCUGCAUUUUGUGUUCAUCCACAAUUUGGAAAUACUGGAGAUUGACAAGAGGUCGUGGCUUUGAAGGAAAGCAUUGUUUCAUGGUGCUUUUGAUAAAUAUAUAUAUAUAUAUAUAUAUAUACACACACACAGAUACAUGAAAAUGGCUGUCUCCUCUCAGAGAUGGUAUUGAGCUCUGCUGAAGCUUUUGGAAAGCUAACAGCCUCCAUAUGUGUUCUCAAACAGUUUUUUAAAGCACUUAAUUUACGGUUGGCAAAUGUUUACUCUUAUCUCAAACAUAGGCAAAAACUGUUCAGAUACAAUCAGAGAAGAAUGUURUGGAAUUCACUGUAGCUCUGGGCCAGGCGACAGGUAUGGGGGGUGAGAGCAACACUGCAACAAACAGGGCAUUGAAAAAGUUGGCCCAACAGACAGAGGCUGUGGGAACUAUGAGGAAGUUACAGGUUAGAGCUUUUAUGUAUCCAAGCACUAACUCCUGUAAAGAUUUCAAGUUCCUGUGUUCAUUUGAGAUAUUAGAAAUGCAAAUCUUGUCAUUUUGUUUUCAGAGGUAGGCUACGUGCUUUAUGUGAUAUGCAACUGGAAGUGAAACCUGAACACUUCGUUGUAUAAARAGAAGGGUUUGAGGCAUAACUGAAAUAUUUUUCUCUUAAAAACAGUGGUCUUGAACCCUUUUGCAGUGUAUUAGAAAAGAUCUAGAGAGAUUUAAAAACCUGCUUCUUUUCUGCAUGAGUUUUAAUAUAUCAAAUAGUAAAUGUUGUGAAAAGCCAAGAAAAUGAAACAUUGAAGCGAAAAGAUUAGUCAGUCCGAAGUGCAGAAUCAGUUUGCUUUCGAAGAUUUUCAAAGGUCGACUUGUCUGCUGAGGCAACAAUUUCCACCCGCCAAAAUGUUAUCCCAGUUACCCCAGUAAGUGUUUCUGGAAAAUCAGUAAAGCUCAGAAUUUGACUUCUAAGGAAAACAAAACAUKGGGAAGUUUAACUUCUGUAUUUUUUAAUAGAAGCAGCAGCACCAAAGGCCAGGUCCUGUUUCUGUCAAAUCUUUUACAAGCUGUACAGGGGGAAAUCUGUUUUGCAUUCCUCCUGCUUCCAGUAAGAGUUUGGACACUUGUACGAUCUGCUGCCUCUCCAGAGAAAAUAAGAAAACUGAGACUGGACAUUUCUAAGGUAAAGUGAACAGAGAACUACCUCCCCCUCCCUCCCUUUCUCUGCUUCUAAUCCCUGAAGUAAAGGCAUGUUACAUGUCGAAAUAAAGGGUGGAAAAUGCAUGAGGAAGCUCCCCUUGAAAUCCUCUCUUUUAAGGAAAAGAAGGUUAAAAAUAAAUUUUAAUGGGGGAUUUUUUUUUUUAUGUGUUAUGGCUGAAUUGUUAGUACUGGUAUCUCAAAACUUAGUGUUUAAUCUGAGCAGCUGGAUUUACCACAGUUCUGGUGAAUCAAACAAGUUACCUAAACCAUACAGUUUUGA